AUGGAGUGGGAUAACAAUCAAGAAAAUCAUCAAAAUCAAAGAGAUUGUAGAAAUGGGAUUAAUGGGAGUAAUGUGAAUAUGAAUGGUAAUGGGGCGACUAAUAUGUUGUAUGUGAAAGUUAUGACAGAUGAGCAACUUGAAACUUUAAGGAAGCAAAUUGCUGUUUAUGCUACUAUUUGUGAACAGCUUGUUGAGAUGCAUAAAACUCUCUCUGCCCAGCAAGAUCUUGCAGGAGGCAGGCUGGGAAAUCUAUACUGUGAUCCACUGAUGGCAUCUGGGGGUCACAAAAUUACUGCCAGACAGCGGUGGACUCCAACACCUGUGCAGCUUCAAAUUCUAGAGCGAAUCUUUGAUCAAGGAAAUGGAACUCCAAGCAAGCAAAAGAUCAAGGAGAUAACAUCUGAUCUCAGCCAGCAUGGACAAAUUUCUGAAACAAAUGUCUAUAAUUGGUUCCAAAAUAGGCGUGCUCGAUCAAAAAGGAAGCAAUUGGUUGCAUCAUCUAACAAUGCUGAAUCAGAAGUGGAGACUGAAGUUGAUUCGUUGAAUGAAAAUAAGAAACCAGAAAUAUUUCACUCCCAACCGAACGCUCCUAGAGCUGAUGAUCUGUGCUUCCAGAGCCCUGAGAUAAGCUCUGAACUUCAUUUCUUGGGGGAUGACCACCUGACAGGAAAGAUGGGGGUGCCAGGAAGCUAUAAUCUUUACGAUCAAGCAGAGGACUAUGGCAUGGCAGGGUGA